GUGCCUCUGUUUCCAAGGAUUAAAGGAUGAAUAGAGGCUGCGAUGGAGAGAAGAGGCAAUUCAAGCCAGCCGAAUAAGGCCGCCUUCCCAGCGGGACCCUGAAGCCUGCACUAGUGGCUGCCACGACGCCCAGAGAAGUGCCGCCCAUCGGCAGCCCGCCUCCUCGCCAGCGGCGGCUGCCCCUCCGACCCUGCUUGUGCAAUGGGUGGGUUGUGAGCGCGGGUAAGACCUCGGAGCCUUUCAUUGCUGUCUUCUCUCUGUGUCCCGGUUCCCUUCUUGUCCACUGAUUUCUGUUCUCCAUGUGCUCUGCUGUUCUCUCUCUGGGCUUCUCACUGUCAGGUAAUGAGGAGCUGUGGGCCCAGUCAGCCUUGGAGAUGCCGAAGAGACGCGACAUCCUGGCUAUCGUGCUGAUAGUUCUUCCCUGGACGCUGCUGAUCACCGUCUGGCACCAGAGCACUAUAUCUCCGCUGCUCACAGUGCACAAGGACGAUGGUGGGGAUUCCCAUCGCGACUUCUCCCAAGGCGCUGACUCCAAGGAAUACUGUCUCUCGGACCGGGACAUUGUGGAGGUGGUUAGGACAGAGUACGUCUACACCCGUCCGCCUCCCUGGUCGGACGCCUUGCCCACCAUCCAUGUCGUCACGCCCACCUACAGCCGGCCAGUCCAGAAGGCAGAGCUGACGCGGCUCGCCAACACUUUUUUGCACGUCCCCAACUUGCACUGGAUCUUGGUGGAGGACUCCCAGAGGCGGACCCCUCUCGUCACCCGCCUCUUGAGGGACACGGGGCUGAACUACACGCACCUCAACGUGGAGACGCCUCGCAACUACAAGCUGAGGGGGGACAUGAGGGACCCGCGGAUUCCCCGCGGGACAAUGCAAAGGAACCUGGCCCUGCGGUGGCUGAGAGAGACCUUUAAUAGAAACAACAGCCAACCUGGGAUUGUUUACUUUGCAGAUGAUGAUAACACCUACAGCCUGGAACUAUUUGAGGAGAUGCGGAGCACCCGGAAGGUGUCAGUGUGGCCUGUGGCCUUCGUGGGGGGCUUGCGCUACGAGUCACCCAAAGUCAACGCUGCGGGGAAGGUGUACGGCUGGAAGACCGUCUUCGACCCCCACCGGCCCUUCGCCAUCGACAUGGCGGGCUUCGCCGUGAAUCUCAGGCUCAUCCUCCAGCGACCUCAGGCCUACUUCAAACUGCGAGGGGUGAAAGGCGGCUACCAAGAGAGCAGCCUUCUGCGGGAGCUGGUGACCCUGAACGACCUUGAGCCAAAAGCUGCCAAUUGCACUAAGAUUCUCGUCUGGCACACGAGGACGGAGAAACCGGUACUGGUGAAUGAGGGGAAGAAAGGCUUCACAGAUCCCAACGUGGAAAUCUGACAUCAAGCAGCGAAGAGAGAGGUGAACAGCAUAUUCCCUUUUGCGGAGUCUCGAGCCAGCUGCCACGUGGUCUCCAGGAUUGGUCCACAUCCUUUGAACACAUCGAGAGCAACCGAGUGGACCGAUCGAGCCAAUCCAAACUCCUUGGACUCUCCUGAACUUCCUCGCACGCUCCGAACAAAGCCGGAAAAUGCCACAACAGACCUGCUGGAGACGACCAACCAGCGACACACAUAACAAAGCAAAAAGCACAGAAGCCGUGGAGCUGGCGUCACUUUUGGCUCGAGGUGAGGAGCCUCCCGGGACGCAGGGAGUGGGAAGCGCCCAGGAUGCACGUGGAAGAAAGCAUGCCUGAAAUGCCCCAUUGGGAAGCCAAGAUUCUGACCAAGGGGCUUCCGCAGGACAUUGAUAAGGACAAUGGUUCCCAUUUUGGUCCCCGUCAACAUCCUUCUCUCUCUCAAGGGACACAAAUUACUUGGGCAGGACCAGCAAGAGCAGCUCAUCAGCUGCAGAGGAGAAGCUGGGAUUGGCAGUGGCACCGUUGCUCUUAAAUUAUAUUUAUUUUGCUGCAAAAGAAA